CACUGGACGCAAACAUAUCCGCGCCCCCAUCUAUCAGCGGCUAGGCUCACAUCAACAAUGACUGUCUCCGCUGAUUUCAGUGAUAAACACGGCAAUGCUUCAAUAAAUACAACGAACAUGUGUUCAGUUUAGUUUUAAAUACAUGCAACAGAGCAGCACCUCAGAGACACAGCAGACACUGGCGCUGGAUAAAGAACAAGGAAAGGAUUCAGAAAACUACCCAGAAAGCCUGUAGACUUGAGCCGUGGGUGUGUCUGUGAUGGCCGGUGGAAGGAGAGGGGCGAACCGCACCACAUACUGCAGACCUCCACUAAGCAGUGAACCAGGCUCGGUCAGCAAUGGAAAUCACUCGACCAGCUCUCCUGUCACAGGGGUGCGAUCUCGCACAAGGAAUGGCUCGGGAACAUGCAUGUCCAGCCCCCCACUGGCUGCACAAACAGUGGUUCCUCUGAAGCACUGUAAGAUCCCGGAGUUAUCUGUGGAUCGUAACGUGCUGUUUGAGCUCCACCUGUUCUUCUGCCACCUCAUUGCCCUUUUUGUCCACUAUGUCAACAUCUACAAGACUGUGUGGUGGUACCCUCCAUCACAUCCUCCCUCACACACAUCCCUGAACUUUCACCUCAUUGAUUACAACAUGCUGGUGUUCACAAUCAUCAUACUGGCAAGGAGGUUAAUAGCAGCAAUUGUGAAAGAGGCAUCACAGAGCGGGAAACUAUCCUUUCCUCAUUCAGUAUUCCUGGUAAUGGCUCGGUUUGCUGUGCUAACACUGACGGGCUGGAGUCUGUGUCGCUCCCUCAUUUACCUCUUCAGGACUUACUCUGUCCUCAGCCUGCUGUUCCUCUGCUACCCAUUUGGGAUGUAUAUUCCAUUCUUCCGACUGAGCUGUGACUUCAAGCGGGUCGGUCCUCUCUCCCCCAUUGCCAGCAUUGGCUCCAAAGAGGUCGGCAGCAUGGGCCGGGGGCGGGACUACUUCACUGUCCUGAAGGAGACGUGGAAGCAGCACACCAGCCAGCUGUAUGGAGUCCAGGCCAUGCCGACUCACGCCUGCUGCCUCUCCCCGGAUCUUAUUCGCAAGGAGGUUGAAUACCUCAAGAUGGACUUCAACUGGAGGAUGAAGGAGGUGCUGGUCAGCUCCAUGCUCAGCGCUUACUAUGUGGCCUUUGUGCCUGUCUGGUUUGUCAAGAGCACACAUUAUGUGGACAAGCGGUGGUCCUGUGAGCUUUUCAUCCUGGUGUCUGUCAGUACGUCAGUCAUCCUCAUGAGACACCUUUUACCACCACGAUACUGUGACCUGCUUCACAAAGCUGCAGCUCACCUGGGCUGCUGGCAGAAAGUAGACCCCUCGCUCUGCUCAAAUGUUCUUCAGCACAUAUGGACUGAAGAGUACAUGUGGCCACAAGGAGUCCUGGUUAAACAUAAUAAGAAUGUCUACAAGGCCAUGGGCCACUACAAUGUUGCAGUUCCAUCGGAUGUGUCUCAUUAUCGCUUUUACUUCUUCUUCAACAAGCCUUUACGGAUACUGAACAUACUCAUUAUCCUGGAAGGGGCCAUGAUAUUCUACCAGCUCUACUCAUUGAUAUGCUCAGAAAAGUGGCAUCAGACGAUAUCGCUGGCUCUGAUUCUCUUCAGCAACUAUUACGCCUUCUUUAAGCUGCUCAGAGACAGAAUAGUUCUCGGGAAGGCUUACUCGUACUCAAACAGCUCAUCGGACCAGAAAGUCAGUUAGACAUAAGUUAUUAUUGGUCACAUUCACUUUGGAACAACACAAACAUGCGUUAAGAGCUUGGUAUUUUUUCUACAAACUGCAUUUUGUGUCACGUUUUUGUUCUGAUCUACCAUAAUAAAAAGAAAUAUUUUUGUAUGACUGUAAA